AUGGCAAAGUUCAAUAACAAGAUUUCGAUAUCUCUCAUAACUGUCAGCUUCAUCUCCCUGCCGUUAGUAUUAUUUCUCCGCAAGAAACUAUCAAUGCUUUCCAGACGCAAACGUGGGGAGAUCCCACGAAGCGAUAAUGCGCUUGAAUUAACAAACCCCGAAAAUACCGAUGACAUUCUCUCCUUCUUACGGAAUGUUUUACCCGGUUGGUCUGAUGUCAAAACCGCUGAAAUAAAGAGAGUUUCGGGUGCUCUGACAAAUAGUGUUUUCUUUGUCACUGCUUUGACAGAGACACCGAAGGCAUCACCUCGAAAAAUUCUCUUACGGGUAUACGGAACUGGAGCUGACCAGGUUAUAGACCGAGAAAGGGAACUUAAGUUCCUCGAAAUGCUGGGUUCGCUCAACAUCGGGCCUUCGAUCUUGGCCUUAUUUCAGAAUGGUAGGGUGGAACAAUUUCUGCCCUCACGGACCCUCACCAACCAAGAUAUACGAAACCAAGAAACUUCUCGCCAAAUUGCUCGCUUAAUAGCACGGCUUCAUUCGAACGUUCCUGGACCCUCAACCAAGGACGUUGUACCUGAAGUGUGGGCGAACAUAAACAAGUGGUACGACAUAGCCGUCAAGCUGACGACCACUGAAAUGAGAGAGGCGAGUAUCGAGAUACUGAAUUUGGACGCCCUUCGGGACGAGAUCAAUGAGCUUAGGCAUUAUGUUGAUAUGUUAGAUUCACCGAUUGUGUUCUCUCACAACGACGCACAGUGCGGGAAUUUUCUCCGCCUUACGGACGGGACCAACGAACUAGUAAUAGUAGACUUCGAAUAUAGUGGUUAUAACUACCGCGGCUUCGACCUCGCAAAUCAUUUUUGCGAGUGGGCGUAUGAUUAUCAUUCGGAGGAACCGCAUAAAAUGAAGCCCGACCUCUACCCUACAAUCCUCGAACAGAACAAUUUCCUCCGCGCCUACCUCGAGGUCGAAAAGAAAUCAAGAAACGACAAAAUAGAAGUGGAAUUGGCACAGAGGAGAUUAGAGUGCGAUGUCUUCUCACUUACAAGCCAUGUAUUGUGGGGACUGUGGGGAGUUCUCCAACACUACCAGAGUCAGAUACCAUUUGAGUAUCUGCCGUAUGCCGCUGGUAGGCUGGAGGAAUUUCGACGGGUGAAAGAGGGGAUUUAUAAACAAUUAAUAGAAAGUCGGGGACAAUCAAGCCAAUAA